AUGGAGCUAGUCCAGCAUCUCGACGAUAAGCUUCUGUUUGCGGUGCCAAAGAAGGGCCGCCUUGCAGAGCGCUGCACCGAGCUCUUGGUUGGUGCCGACGUCCAGUUCCGCAGAAGCAAUCGCCUGGACAUCGCUAUCUCUACAAACCUGCCGGUCGCUCUCGUAUUCCUGCCUGCCGCAGACAUUCCCACAUUCGUAGGUGAAGGCAAGUGUUCUUUGGGCAUCACGGGCCACGACCAGGUCGAGGAGAGCAACGUCAAGGUCGACGACCUGCUAGACCUUGGGUUCGGCAAGUGCAAGCUUCAAAUCCAGGUUCCUGCCGACGGCCCGUACAGCGACCCCAAGCAACUGAUCGGCAAGACGAUUGUCACUUCUUUCAUCCACCUCGCCACGACGUUCUUCACUGAGCUCGAAGGCAAGCAGCCGGGCGACAAGCUCGACACUGUUAUCAAGUACGUUGGCGGCUCGGUCGAGGCCGCUGUCGCUUUGGGCGUGGCCGACGCGAUCGUCGAUUUGGUCGAGAGCGGCGAGACCAUGCGUGCCGCCGGCCUCAAACCGAUUGGCACCGUCUUGAACACCAGCGCUCACCUUAUUGCAUCCAAAUCGCCCUCCCACCCCGACGUUCUCCAAAUACUCAAGUCUCGUAUCGAGGGUGUGAUUGCGAGCAACAGAUACGUCUUGUGCCAGUACAACGCCCAGCGCAAAGAUAUGCCCGUCCUGCUCAAGAUCACACCGGGCCGCCGGGCGGCUACGGUUGCACCUCUCGAGGACGACACCUGGGCGGCCAUCUCGACCAUGGUUGAAAAGUCGAGAAUCGCCGAGGUGAUGGAUCAAUUGGCCUCAAACGGUGCCGAAGAUAUUCUCGUCACCCACCUCGCUAAUUGCCGUGUUUAA